ACAGCACACUACCAUGAAGUUACUUGUUGAAAUGGUUGCCUUUUCUCCUGGAUUUCAAGAUGUUUAAGGGUGGCUGAAGCCAUACUAUUUUCUAGACUUCAUGGACAGGAGAAAAGAUACCACAAACCAAGAACUUUGGAAAACGAAGCCUAGGAAAAAUCUAGAAGAUGAUGAUUUUUUGACUAAGGACACUGGAGAGACCAGCAUGCUAAAAAGACCUGUGCUUUUGCAUUUGCAGCAAACAGCCCAUGUUGAUGAAUUUGAUUGCCCCUCAGAACUYCAGCACAAACAGGAACUCUUUCCAAAAUGGCGUCUGCCAAUUAAAAUAGCUGCUAUUAUAUCAUCUCUGACCUUUCUUUACACUCUCCUGAGGGAAAUAAUUCAUCCUYUAGUUACUGACCAUCAACAGUAUUUUUAUAGGAUUCCAAUCCUGGUCAUUAACAAAGUCUUGCCAGUGGUUUCCAUCACCCUCUUGGCAUUGGUUUAUUUGCCAGGUGUGAUAGCAGCAAUUGUACAACUUCGCAAUGGAACAAAGUAUAAGAAGUUCCCACCUUGGCUAGAUAGGUGGAUGUUAACAAGAAAGCAGUUUGGGCUUCUCAGUUUCUUUUUUGCUGUUCUACAUGCAAUUUAUAGUCUGUCUUAUCCAAUGAGGCGAUCCUACAGAUACAAGUUGCUAAAAUGGGCAUACCAACAGGUCCAACAAAAUAAAGAAGAUGCCUGGAUUGAGCACGAUGUUUGGAGAAUGGAGAUUUAUGUAUCUCUGGGAAUUGUGGGACUUGCAAUACUGACUUUGUUGGCUGUGACAUCUAUUCCAUCUGUGAGCGACUCUUUGACAUGGAGAGAAUUCCGUUACAUUCAGAGCAAACUAGGAAUUGUUUCACUUCUACUUGGUACAAUACAUGCAUUGAUUUUUGCCUGGAAUAAAUGGGUAGAUAUAAAACAAUUUGUAUGGUAUACACCUCCAACUUUUAUGAUAGCUGUUUUUCUCCCAAUCGUUGUCCUGAUAUGUAAAACUGUACUAUUCCUGCCAUGCUUAAGGAAGAAGAUACUGAAAAUUAGACGUGGUUGGGAAGACGUCACCAAAAUUAACAAAACUGAGAUGUCUUCUCAGUUGUAGAAUUACUAUUUACACACAUUUUUGUUCAAUGUUAACAUGUUUUAUCAUAAACAUUUCAAAUUUGUAUUUGUUAAUAAAAUGA